GUCUGGGCCGGGGAACUCUGUCCAAGGCAUUAUCCAAACACUCACACGCACAAACACACACACUCACUCACUCUCUCUCUCUGUCUCUCUCUCUCUCUCUCUCUCUGUCUCUCUCUCUCUCUCUCGUGCACACACACUCUGCUGCCAGCGCUCCACUUACAGCUCAAGCCUCUCAAAUCUGUUUUUCUUGUGGAGCUCAGCACACGGUUUAACGCCACACAGCUUCAACUGGAGGGACUGAGGGAAGGAGAGGAGAGGAGAACCUGUGUUUUGAACUUCUCCCGGAGGUUCACCCCCUCUAAUUUUUUUGAGUUUGUCCUCAGGACCAUUCAAAGAAGAGAAGAGAGUCUGAGGUUCACAUUACAUAAUCGUAGUGAACGGGUUGCCAUGUUAACUGACACUGGUAGCCUGACCCGGGAAAACUGGAUGUUGAAUGGAGGAAGAGCCUCGGUGGUAGCAAGCAAGCGAAAGUAACGGGAACUCGCUGGAGGAGAGAGGGAACAAGAGAGGAGGGUGUGGAGGAGCGCGGUGGAAGUCCAGAAUGGAGGACGGGUUUUCCAGCUACAGCAGCCUCUAUGACACCUCUUCGCUGCUGCAGUUCUGUAACGAUGACAGUGUGUCGGCAGCCAGCAGCAUGGAGGUGACGGACCGCAUCGCCUCCCUGGAGCAGCGUGUCCAGAUGCAGGAGGACGAGAUCCAGCUGCUCAAGUCGGCGCUGGCCGACGUGGUGCGCCGCCUCAGCAUCUCUGAGGAGCAAAACACCGUGACCAAUAGGAGGGGGCCCACCAAAGCCAGACCCAUGAUGGCUGCCCUGCCUCUAAGGCCCAUGGUCAACAACGGUACUGUCCUACCAAAGAAAAGUGGUGGCACGUUACCGGCCCUCUCCGGCUCUAGGAAGGAUGCUGCUGCACCAGCAACCAAGAGCACUGUGAGGAGAACCAACUCCAACGAAACGAUGAGUACGCUGACGCGCAAAGACAGCGGCGACUCCAAGACCAACCGCACCCGCGCCGGCUCCACCGGGAGCAACUCCAGCGGCAAGAGAGCCAGCGAAAGCAAACUGAAGGAGCCCGUUUUCAAUACAGGGAUGCGACGAGUGACGCACUGCAAAGAGGAAGGGUAUGUGAAAAUGUAUUUGAAGGGACGACCCAUCACCAUGUACAUGCCCAAAGACCUUGUGGAUACCUACUGCCUGGAAGCCAAAUCGGACCUGCCAAACAAGAAGCUCAAACUGGACUGGGUUUAUGGGUACCGGGGGCGUGACUGUCGCAGUAACCUGUACCUGCUACCCACGGGAGAGACGGUGUACUUCAUUGCUUCUGUGGUGGUUCUCUACAAUGUGGACGAUCAGCUCCAGAGACACUACACCAGGCACACUGACGACAUCAAGUGCCUGGCUGUCCAUCCUGAUAAAAUCACCAUAGCAACAGGACAGGUGGCAGGCACCUCUUCUGAUGGCAAACAGCUGGCUCCUCAUGUGCGGGUUUGGGACUCAGUGAGCCUCAACACCCUCCACGUUCUGGGAACAGGCUUCUUUGACCGCGCCCUGGUUUGCCUUGCCUUCUCCAAGUCGAACGCCGGUAACAUGCUGUGUGUGGUAGAUGACUCCAACGACCAUGUGCUCUCUGUGUGGGACUGGCAGAGAGAGGACAGACUGGCUGACGUCAAGUGUUCCAACGAGGCAGUGUUCGCUGCCGACUUCCACCCCACUGACACCAACAUUAUAGUCACGUGUGGGAAGUCCCACCUCUACUUCUGGACUCUGGAACGGGGCACCCUUGUCAAGAAACAAGGCUUGUUUGAGAAACAAGAGAAGCCCAAGUUUGUCUUGAGUGUGACUUUUUCAGAAAAUGGAGAUACCAUAACUGGAGACUCAAGUGGAAAUAUUCUGGUGUGGGGGAAAGGCACUAAUCGAAUUAGCCAUGCCAUUCAGGGCGCACACGAUGGGAGCAUCUUUGCACUGUGCAUGUUGAGGAGUGGCACACUGGUGUCAGGGGGAAAGGAUCGGAAACUCAUCUCUUGGGAUGGGAGCUACCAGCAGAUACAAUCGGUUGAGGUUCCUGAAUUAUUUGGUCCCGUCCGGACUGUUGCCGAGGGCAAAGGGGAGAGUGUGCUUAUUGGGACCACCAGGAACUAUGUUCUACAAGGCAGUUUAUAUGGCGAAUUUACCCCCAUCACACAAGGUCACACCGAUGAGUUGUGGGGGUUGGCCGUGCACCCCUGGAAACCCCACUUCCUCACCUGUGGUCACGACAAGCACGUCAGCCUGUGGGACUCCUCCUCAUACCAGCCUGUCUGGACCAAGACUAUGGAGGACGCGGCCCAGUCUGCUGGAUUCCAUCCCUCUGGAGCAGUGGUUGCUAUAGGAACGCAGACCGGCAGGUGGCUGGUGCUGGAUACCGACUCUAAGGAUCUAGUCACAGUGCACACUGAUGGAAAUGAACAGCUGUCUGUUGUCCGCUUUGCUCCAGAUGGUAAUUUCCUGGCCAUCGGCUCUCACGAUAACUACAUCUAUAUCUACGCAGUGGGGAACGGUGGCAGGAAGUACAGCAGAUUGGGGAAGUGCUCGGGCCACUCCAGCUUCAUCACCCAUCUGGACUGGUCAGUGGACUCUCAGUACCUGGUGUCCAACUCAGGAGACUAUGAGAUACUCUAUUGGAUCCCGUCUGUGUGCAAACAGGUGGUGAGUGUGGAGACCACCCGGGACAUCCCCUGGGCCACCUCCACAUGCACUCUGGGCUUCCAAGUCUUUGGGUUAUGGCCUGAUGGCUCCGACGGGACUGACAUCAACGCAGUCUCCAGAUCCAAUGAGAAGCAGCUGCUUGUCACAGGAGACGACUUUGGAAAAGUCUGCCUUUUCUCAUACCCCUGCUCCCAAUUCCGGGCUCCCAGUCAUGUCUAUGGCGGACACAGCAGUCAUGUGACCAAUGUGAACUUCCUGUUUGACGACAGUUGCCUGGUUUCCACUGGGGGCAAGGACAUGAGUGUCAUGCAGUGGCGAAUAGUGUGAGACAUACAUGCAGUUUCUUUAUGGAUCAGGGUGGGGUAGG